AAUUUUCCUUUCAGAAAAACAAAGAAAAUAGUAGUUUUUUUUUUUUUGACAAACAAAGAAAAGGGAAAAAUGAAGCGCGCGAAUAAUCAAAAGCCUAACCUAAUUUCCGCAUUCGCCUUGGAGUGAAUAAUCAAAAGUCACAACAGUAUUGGAGCAAUUCAUUCAUAAUAAUAAUCUGAAGUGUAAAACCCUACCAAUGUCAACGGCGAACAAACUUGUUACUAGACGGGAACUACUGGAACGUUGGAGAGGCAUCGAGGAAGAAGAAGAAGAAGGGAACGCCGACGAUGAUGACGUUGUUGAUCCCUCCAUACACCGUCGCCUCCAGCUCCACAAAGAGCAAUGGUUUGCAGAUGCAUAUAAUUUUCUAAUCUGCUUGCCUAGUGAAAAUCAUAUUUGGUGUGGUAUGUGGGAAUUAAUGGGGCCUCUUUUAGAGACUUUUUACAAUUACUACAAAGACGACCGCAAAGAUUCACCUCUUAGGCGGCUAUGGAAGAGAAUCUCUGAUGAAAUGAAGCACUGCCUGCAGUGCAUUUCUCAGCAUCAUCAAGCCCAAGACACAUAUAAUACGGAGUAUGAGUCUAGCUCUAUCGGUCCUCUUCUUGAUAUCUUGCAAAAGCUUGAUCAUGAGAGGGUGACAUCACACCUGAGUGAUAUCAAUGCAAGAAUAACAGGGCAAAAAUAUGAUUCUGCUCGUGAUAAUGCCGAAGUUGUUAUUGUCUUGUAUGAGGUAUUGAUGUUCCCAAUUCUCUUAGAUUAUCAGCCUCUAUUCACUGAGUUUGAGUUGUUUGUUGAAGCUAUUGAUAAUAAGCACGAACUGGCUUUGUCUGGACAUCAACAAUUUCCGGGAGUGUAUGCAUUACUUUUUUGCAAGAGAAGCGUUCGUUCUGUUGGAUACCGUCUAGCAGGAUCAAUGGGAAGAGUAAGGAGAGCAGCAGACUUGGAACCUCUGCAACCACUGCUUAAGAAGUUCAUUGGCUGUUUAGAGGCAGAUGCUUUACCAUUGGUUAUGGAGACUUCGGCACCAAGAACUCCACUGGAUCGCAUGUCCAUAUGGAUUGGUAUCAAAUCACUACUUGGCUUCUUGGAUCCUCCAGCUUUUGAAGAAGGGAUAUUAGAAAAUUAUCCCUUUUUUCUUGAUAUUGUACUCAAUCAUAUUAGUGGCGAUUCACUUGAAUUUUCACAUGCUGUUACUUGCUUGAGAAUACUUUUUGAAAUGCUCGGCUGUAAGCUUUGGUUAAGUUCUACACUGUCUCCAAGUGUAAUGCGCAACACUCUACUUGGUCAAUGCUUCCAUAUUCGCAAUGAGAAAAUCCACAAAGAUAUUUUUGGUCUAUUCCAACCCUUUCUACAGUCUCUUGAAGCUUUGCAUGAUGGGGAGCAUGAAAAGCAACGUAGGCAUUUUCUCUAUUUUCUCCUCCAUCAAGUGCCAGUGAGCAGUAACUUCAGCAUUCUAACAAGGAAAUUGGCAUGCCAGAUAGCACUUCUUAUUGUACACCGAGGUUACAAGAUGAACCCGCCGUGCCCUCCUUUUGAGUGUGCACAUAUGUGGGGACCUUCACUCGUUUCAUCUCUGAAAGACUCCUCGCUUCACAGUUCUUUGAGGCAACCUGCUUUUGACCUUAUACAGACAAUCAUAGUAUCAGAUGCUACUGCUUUAAUAUAUUCAGUACUGAAUUGCUGCACAACUAGUAGCAUUGAUAGCAGCAUGUCAUGUGAUAUCCUUAAGUUGGAUGAUGAAAAUGAUGAUAUUUGGUUGCCUUCUAUUCCAAAUGGUGAUGAGCAGGAUUGUAGAAGUUCUUGGAGUGAAUUCAUUAUGCAGAGUGAAAUAGCCUCUCAAGAGUGCCGAGAGUGGAUGUGCAUUCCAAUGUUAUGGGUUGAUGUUUUAGUUGAUACCAGUCCCUCAAUUCUUCCACUUUCAUUUUCCAAAGCCGUUUUUUGGGCACGAUCCCGUUUUCCGAUGUUAGAACUUGAGAGCAGUGCUGAAAUGAUGCUUCCAGUCAGAUCCUGUCAUUCAUCUUUUGCUGCAGAAAUAUCAUCUGCAUUUGGGUGGAAAGUUCCAACUGGAUCUGAUGAUGGUGGAGAUGGAAACAAAUCAAAGAACUCAGUUGAAGUGUUGACCAUGUCUUUUCCUUUAAUAAGAACAUUUAACAGGUUCACUACACAUUUUCUAGUUCAGAUGAGACAAGGAGAACUUCGAAGUCAAUGGAUUUGGGAACCAGUGAUGAGUCAAAGCUUGAUCCUUUCGCUAUUGGAUCCAAAUGAUGAUAUUAGACAGUUUGGAAAGUCUAUGUUGGAGCAAGUUUCUGAAACUCGUGGUCUUUCUUGUGGAUUGAAGUUUCUUUGUUCUUACAGACCCUCAUUGUGUGCAACUAUUUUGGGCCUUAAACAUGCUAUGAAACUGGUUCAACUGGAUUCUGUUUUGUUGAAGUUUCAUACUUUACAUCAUUUUUGGUUUCUUUUAUGCAAAUUACUCAAAGAUGAGGGAGUACUUGGCCCAGAGUUGCCCGGAAGUACACACAUUGACUCAAGGGUGCCAAAGUUUUCUUCACAAGGCGGGUUUUUGAAGCAGCCAGCUUUUGAUUCUCUGCCUGUGGAUAUUGAUAAACAUGUUAUCAACGUUGAAUUACAAAUAAAGGAAAAAUUUAGUUGCUUACUAUCUGAAAUGGCAUGGCCUGUUUUCUGUAGGUGCCUGGUAAAAGGCAAGGAAUUUAUUGAUUAUAAUUUCUGCCAGAUGACUUGUGUUCGGUUACUCGAGAUUCUUCCUGUUCUUGUUGAUAAACUCUGCCUAUUUGGUGGAAAAGAGCAUAGAAAUUUCACAAUGCUGGUAAAAAAUAAAAUGGGUUUCAAAUGGCUUCACAAUCUCAUGGAAUGGGGAAAGUCGUCACUAAAAGUUGUAAUUGUUUAUUGGAAGAGAGCACUCAGUUAUUUACUGAAUCUGUUCAAAGGUUCUUGCGAUAAAACUUCAGCAUCAACAAUCAUGACCAUUGAAAAUCUUAUUACGAGCAAUGGUUAUGCCUCGGAAGAAUUGACAGAACAGGUCUCUCGCUUGUCCAUGUCUCUAUCUAGCGAAGACUCUCAUGAUUUUCAGGAGGGAAAUGUGAAGCUCAAAUCUUUAGUAUCUAAAAGUUUGCCUUUUGAAAAGAACUUUUUAAGUUCUGAUAUUCAUUCUUCAUCCAUGGAGGAUAAAGGUUUUCAAAUUUUGGACUCUGAAGUGAUGACUGGCAAAAAUGAUACUGAAACUAUAGUUAUUCUUUCAGAUGAUGAAGUUGAACCAAAAGUGUUUUCCAAUUCCAUUCUAUCAGUUAGCGAGACAGGUCAGAACAUAUCUGAUGGAAACCUAAUGCCUCAUACUGCUGGUAAUAGUUUACCAGCUUCUGACCGUGCAAUCCAGAAUGUUUCGUACAUGAAAACUUCUAAGGAAACAGAAGAGACCUUCCAGAAAAAAGAUACUACUGAUGUUUUCAGUCUUUCUUCUCAGAAGCGAGUCUCUGGUAAUUUACAGAAUAAGCUUGCAGUUACUCCAUAUAUUGAUUCAAAGGGCCCAGAGAGUUGUAAGAGGGAAGUAACCUCAAAAACCAAGGACAGGGUCAAUUUGAUAAAAUCUUCUGUUGAAGCUGUCGGUACUAAAAAUUUGAAUAAAACUUGCAGUAAUAUAGCUUCCAAAAUUAGCGAAACUGUGUCAAGUACUGGUAACAAAAUUUCAAGUGAUUUUCGGGAUUCUGAAGAUGAUCCGCUAGAGACUGCAUUGAAAUCUGUGGGACGUACACAGUUGUAUGUACCGAAGCCUACUUCAAUUUUGAAAAGACAAGUUAUUCAACUAAAAAAUACUCUUGAAAGCAGAUCCGCUUGUCUUCAUAAGGUAGAGGACCCAACGAGAAGAUUCAAGCCACCAAGUUUGGAUGAUUGGUAUAAACCUAUACUUGAAAUAGAUUAUUUUGCAAUAGUUGGUUUGGCAUCUGCAAGAAAAGAUGAAAGCCGAGCUGUUAACAAAUUAAAGGAAGUUCCGGUAUGUUUUCAAUCAGCUGAACAGUAUGUCGAGAUAUUUCGGCCAUUAGUUCUGGAGGAGUUUAAAGCACAACUUCAAAAUUCUUUUCAUGAAAUGUCUUCGUGGGAAGAGAUGUUUUAUGGAAGCCUUUCUGUGAUGUCAGUUGAGAGAAUUGACGAUUUUCAUAUUGUUCGUUUUGUCCAUGACGAUGGUGAUACUUCAACAUGUAGGAGCUUUUCAGAAAAUGACAUUGUUUUGCUAACGAAAGAUCCUCCCCAAAAAUCUAAUCACGAUGUUCAUAUGGUUGGAAAGGUUGAAAGGCGUGAGAAAGACUAUAAAAGAAGUAUUAGUAUCGUUUUCAUCCGGUUCUACUUUCAAAAUGGUUCUUCACGUUUAAAUCAAGCUAGAAGAAAUCUCACUGAACGAAGUAAAUGGCAUGGAUGCCGAAUAAUGAGCAUUACCCCACAAAUUCGAGAAUUUCAUGCUUUGUCAUCUGUUAAACACAUUCCCUUACUUCCGCUCAUUUUAAAUCCCGUCAAGGAUUCCUUUUGUCAUGAUGAAUGUAAAGAAGCAGAUCUCAGCAAGCUGUGCCAGUCAUUGCAGCAAACUUUGAGGUCAUCAUUUAAUGUCACUCAGCUCCAAGCAAUAAGUGUUGCUAUUGGAAGGGUUAAGCCAAAGAAAACUGUUGAAUUAUCUCUUAUUCAGGGUCCUCCAGGAACCGGGAAGACGCGUACUAUUGUUGCAAUUGUCAGUGCCCUUCUUGCUUCUCCACAUAAGACGAAUGGUUUAAAAAAUCCUUUAAAUGAAACCAUGACCCAAAAUUCUUUUUCUACAUAUUCAAGACCGAAGAUUAACCAGAGUGCUGCCAUUGCGAGGGCAUGGCAGGAUGCAGCCAUGGCUAGACAAUUAAAUGAUGAUGUCCAGAGUUCUUCAAAAUUUUCCGAAAACUGUGCGAGACAAAGGAUUCUUAUCUGUGCUCAAUCUAAUGCUGCAGUAGAUGAAUUGGUAUCAAGAAUUUCUUGCCACGGUCUUUAUGGAAGUAACGGGAAAAUGUACAAGCCUUAUCUUGUGAGGGUUGGAAAUGUUAAAACAGUCCAUCCAAAUUCACUGCCAUUCUUUAUUGAUACAAUUGUUGAUCAACGUGUAGCAGAAGAGAUGCAUUCAAAAGAUGGGAAGAAUGAUUUGAGGGUAGAUUCAUCAGCAAUGUUGCGGUCUAAUUUGGAGAAACUGGUUGAUUCUAUCAGGUUCUAUGAAACCAAGCGUGCUAACUUAAGGGAUGGGGAUUCUGAUGUUAAAAGUGGUAUGGGGGAUAAGACAGAAAUGUCUGAUGCUGAAAUUGAAAUGAAGUUGGGCAAACUGUAUGAACAAAAAAGGCAAAUAUAUAAAGAUCUUCGUAAUGUUCAAGCUCAGGAAAAGAAAGCCAAUGAAGAAACCAAGACUCUUAGGAAUAAGCUGCGGAAGUCUAUAUUAAUGGAAGCUCAAAUAGUGGUAACUACAUUGAGUGGAUGCGGUGGGGAUCUUUAUGGAGUUUGCUCUGAGAGAAUGUUAUGCUCCAAGUUUCGGGGUCCUUCUGAACAUACCCUCUUUGAUGCUGUUGUAAUUGAUGAAGCUGCCCAAGCUCUUGAGCCAGCUACUCUAAUUCCUCUUCAGCUUUUAAAAUCAAGUGGAACCCAAUGCAUUAUGGUUGGUGACCCAAAGCAACUUCCUGCAACUGUCCUAUCAACUGUUGCAAGUAAAUUUCGUUUUGAGUGCAGCAUGUUUGAACGUUUACAAAGGGCUGGGCAUCCUGUUAUUAUGCUUACUGAGCAGUAUAGAAUGCAUCCAGAGAUAUGCAUGUUUCCUUCGUUGCAUUUCUAUGACAACAAAUUACUAAAUGGUAGCCAAAUGUAUAGCAAAUCAGCACCAUUUCAUCAGACCGAGGGUCUUGGACCUUAUGCAUUCUAUGAUAUUAUUGAUGGUCGGGAGGCUCAUGGGAAAAACUCUGGUGCAAUGUCACUUUGUAAUGAACAUGAAGCUGAUGCUGCAGUUGAAAUACUAAGAUUUUUCAAGAAAAGGUACCCAGCUGAAUUUAUUGGUGGAAGAAUUGGCAUUAUUACUCCAUACAAGUGUCAACUUUCUCUUCUGCGGUCUCGUUUUCUUAAUGCAUUUGGUUCUUCAACCAUAGCCGACAUGGAAUUUAACACCGUGGAUGGUUUCCAAGGUAGAGAGGUGGAUAUAUUGUUGCUUUCUACUGUAAGAGCAGCUCAUUCAAGCAGUGCUGCAUCUGAAAUAAACUCAAGCUCUAUUGGAUUUGUUGCUGAUAUAAGACGGAUGAAUGUUGCCUUGACAAGGGCCAAGUUAUCACUUUGGAUUUUGGGUAAUGCAAGAACUUUACAGACAAACCAUAACUGGGCAGCUCUUGUUAAAGAUGCUAAAGAAAGAAACUUGAUCAUGACGGCUAAGAUGCCAUAUCAUUCAAUGUUCAAAACAGCUAAAAGUAAGUGUGUUUUUGAAAUUUCUGAUAAUCAUGCAAGACCAUUGAAGCAUGAGAAGAAGGUUGAUGAUAGUGGCCACAAAGUACCAAAAAAAUUGGUUAAUGACAAUGAUACCCAGGUGGGGAAAAAUAAAUGUGUUUCUGAAGUCAAGGACCGGAAUAAGGGUAGUUGUGAUGAGAAUAAUUUUUCAGUUUUGGAAAAAAUUGCUCUGGCCAAGGAAAGAGAUUCCAAGAAUAAGCAUAUUUCCAUAAAGAAGGAUACACCAUGUGUAGAUGGUGGAAGAGAAGGCAAAUAUAAAAUGAAGAUUAGCUUGGGAAAGACACCACCAAGUAAAGGGCAAUCAAAAUUUCAAAAUUCAAGGAACGGUUUAGACCAUCCGGUGAAAAAAACAGGUGGUGGACAUAAAGCAUCAAAACCUUCAGAGUCAGAAAAACCGGCUAUGUAUUCCAGAGGGGAUAUGAGCAGUUCUGCAGAAGUUUCUGCUUCCUCAAUGAAAGAAUGUCACAAAGAUAGAGAUGCAAAUAAUCAAGGUAGAGCUUCUAAUCAAAGUAUGGGUGCUGAAAUUUCAAAAAGGAAACAGCAGCGUGAAGCUGUUGAUGCUAUUCUUAACUCAUGUUUGAUAUCUACGAAGAAGGAAGAGAGAUCGACAAAAGUUUCUGCAAAGAGGUCCUUUUCCUCAUCUGUUGCAAACGGUAGUAUGAAACCACCUAAGAAAAGAAGAGUGAAACCUGAUGAGUGAGCACGAGAUUAUGGAAGAAUAAACUUUUCUCUGAGGAUUUAUGCUGAAGCUUUUUCCUGAUUCUGUUGUGAUCACCUUUUUGACUUGGCAUCAACUUUUCUCUGAGGAUUUAUGCUGAAGCUUUUUCCUUUUUUGCUUCUAAUAGGUAAGUGGAUUUUUAUUACUGUAACAUGAAAUCACUGGAAACUUAAAAGCGAUUUAAUUUAUUCUGCUGGUUGUUGGCUAAACCGAGGAACAAAAGCUAUUUGUAUAUAUGGUGGCAGAUUGGUGUAAAUAUAAGAAAUUUUGUUCGUAGUGGAGUAACUAUAUCCUUUUCUUCA